GUCAGGAGAAGAAACUCUCCACAAGAUUCAAUCUGACUACCGUCAACGCCUGUGGUGUCCUUCUUGAUCCGGGGAGCAAUGAGUCUGCCUCCGUCCGUCGCUCUUUUUGCCUUCAGAACAUGACCCUGCGUAUCUCUGCCUGUGUGACGUUCGAUCCUCAGGGGCUCUGCGGAGCUCGGUACGACCGCCGCCAUGGGCAGCGACGACAAGUUCAACUAUGAAUCCCUUCCUAUCCCGACAUAUGAAGAAGCCACCUCUUCCCGACCGAUCUCCUCCCAGUCGCAUCGCGGUUCGACCGAGAUAAGCAACGAUGCAGAGAGACAGGGCCUCCUUCGCCGUGGCGACUCCGCCGGCGAUAGCUCGCGCUCCCAUCCUGCUGGCUAUCACCCGCCAACCGUCGAGUCCGCACGAUCGAGUCUGGACUUUCUGGCCUCUGAUGAUGGGGAAUCAACACGGGGUUCAAUGGAGGAGCUGCAGAGGGAGAUGCAAGAGAUGGAUGUCGAAGACCCGGCGCAUCCAGGAUCGUCCCGUUCACACCUAGGGCAGCGAUUCUCGAAACGCUUCAAUACUCUAACACGUACACUCUCUUCGAUUCAUCUUCCGCUACGAAAAUACUUUCCAAAAUUCAAUUUUAGUUUUAUUUCCAACCUCACUGAUCGCUGGCGAUCGCGCGGGGAAUAUCAAGUGUGCUUGAUCAUCUUGCGCCUGGUGGGUCUGAUUAUCGUCGUCACUAUUGUAUACCUUGUCGUUGCGACGGAUCUCUUUUCGAUAGGAGGAACUCGUCUCAGUAUAGGCCAGUCUUAUACACCGUCCUCGGUACAGAAUUAUGUCCAGGGUCAUAUCAACGAGACAAGCAUCGCGGAGAAGUUCGAGCGGUUAACUAGGUUUCCCCAUAUGGCUGGUACGGAAGGAAGCUACGUGCUUGCAGAAUGGAUCGAGCAGGAAUUCCGCAAGGCAGGCUUGGAUGAAGUUGGAAUGGAGGAGUUCCAGGUAUACCUCAACUAUCCGAAACCCACCGGACGAAGGGUAGCUAUCGUUGACCCGCCUGAGUUGGCCUGGGAGGCCAUUUUGGAUGAGGAACAAGCCUAUAAGGAUCCCCCUCAACAGCAGACCUUAGUCUUCCAUGGCCAUUCGAAAUCCGGUAACGUGACGGGACCGCUCGUCUACGCGAAUUAUGGAUCCCGUGAAGACUUUAAACUCCUCGCAGACAAGGGCAUCUCUCUUCAAGGUGCCAUCGUAUUAGUGCGCUAUUACGGCACUCAGGGAGAUCGAGCGCUUAAGAUCAAAGCUGCAGAGAUGGCGGGUGCAGCCGGAUGUAUCAUAUAUUCGGAUCCCGCUGAAGAUGGGUUCGUGUUGGGACCAACGUAUCCCGACGGACGGUUUAUGCCUGCAGAUGGAGUUCAGAGAGGUGGCGUGAGCCUGAUGUCCUGGGUUGUUGGAGAUGUUCUCACCCCCGGAUUUGCUUCAACACCUGAUGAGAAAAAGAGACUGUCUCCGGAAGAGAGCCCCGGUCUUAACCAGAUUCCCAGCAUUCCUAUCGCCUGGCGCGAUGCACAACGACUUCUCCAGGUGCUAAGGGGUCACGGCGAAAAGGUACCUAAGAAAUGGGUGGGAGGGGUUCCCGAUAUCAGUGAAUGGUGGACGGGAGAUUCUUCGUCGCCUAAGGUCAACCUUAUGAAUUUACAGGACGACAUCGAGAGGCAGCCAAUAUACAACGUAAUUGGUCGCAUUAUCGGCUUAGAGCAACCGGAGAAGAAGAUUGUCGUCGGAAACCAUCGCGAUGCUUGGUGUUUCGGAGGCGUUGACCCGGGAAGUGGCACAGCCGUCUUCUUGGAGGUGGUGCGAGUGUUUGGUGAGCUUCUUGCUCUUGGGUGGCGUCCACUCCGCACAAUCGAAUUCGCAAGCUGGGACGGCGAAGAAUACAACCUCAUAGGCUCCACGGAGCAUGUGGAAAACGAACUUGAUGCACUUCGUAACAAUGGGUAUGCCUAUCUCAAUGUUGACGUUGCUGUGAGCGGCGGCGAAUUUCGAGCGGCAGGCUCCCCUCUCUAUGAACGCAUUCUUCUGCAGAUCCUGAAUAGGUGCUCCGACCCCGUAGCAAACCAGACUUUGAAAGAAAUCUGGCAGUCGAAGAAUCAGAGACUUAGCGGGCUGGGAGCAGGCAGUGACUACGUCGCCUUUCAAGACAUUGCUGGGACUUCCAGCAUCGAUUUUGGCUUUGUUGGAGAACCGUAUCCAUACCACAGUUGUUACGACAACUAUGAAUGGAUGACACAGUUUGGUGAUCCGGGUUUCCGUUAUCACAAGUCCUUGGGUGAAAUUUGGGGUUUACUCCUUCUGGAACUGUCUGAAAAUCCGAUUCUACCAUUUGACAUGGAAGCGUAUGCUGCCUAUCUUUCCAGUUAUGUUUCCGAACUGGACGAGUACGCCAAGUCUAAAAUAGAAUCGAUGCAGUCGAGGGACGGGAGUUUGGGUGGCUCUAAACCAGCCUUGAACAUGACGCCACUUUAUGAUGCUGCAACCAACUUCAAAGAGAACGCUGCACGAUUUCACGAAUGGGAUCAGCUCUGGCAUGAUACGGUAUGGGGUGCUGGUGGGUUUGAAACCAAUAUUAUGGCGAUCAAGCGUAUGAGCCAUAACACUCGCAUGGCGAAUUUUGAGACCCAUAUUCUGGACUUGGACGAAGGCGGUGGUGUUCCCAAUCGCACGCAAUUCAAACAUGUCAUCUUCGGGCCUCAGGCCUGGUCUGGUUACGACGAGGCCUUCUUCCCAGCUAUCCGGGAUGCAAUUGAUGCCGGCGACUGGGAAGAAACGCAAAAGUGGAUCGAUAAAAUUGGUGAUAUUAUUUCAAAGGCGAGUAGGAAACUGCUAUAUUAGUCCGGUAUUUAUUUAAUAUCCCCUCCUCACCCAUCCUCCCCAUGGACAGUUUCAUGCAGGUGUUUUUGACCUGUCAUGGUCUAAAAUCUAGCGUCCCCUACAUCCUCUCCGUCUGUCCUCAUUCUAGCAUUGUUAUUAGCUAUUAGCAGUGAUGCGCAGAAAGGCUCUGCCUCCUGCGGCGUACUGAUGUACUUGUUAUCCUGUUGCCUGUCCAUAGAGGUCUCCUUGGCAUUGCCAACGCGCGACGGCUUAUAUUUAUUGCGCUGCAGUCUCUUUAGUCCCGUGUUCCACGGUAUAUAUGCCUUUUCACUUGUUAGAUUAGGUAUAUUGCCAAAGCAUUAUCGGCUUGUUAUCUAUGUGACUAUUAUCAGUUAAUCUCUUGCUAUGUCAUCAUCGACCGACUUUGUACGGAUGAUCGUGAGGUCUGGUCACCGUAAACUUGUCUACUUUGGGUAGUCUAUCAAGGAACAUGUAUAAUAUCUAU